CUCGUCAAGUCAAGUUUGCUUUACUCAUUACUCUGUAUCCUUUUUGCUUUACUAAUAAUAUUAUACCAGACUCGAACAGUUUUGGUCCCGUAAAUCGUAAAUUUUAGUCUCUGGUAGUGGUGUACAACUAGUUUUGAGCUUAAGUUCUGAAAUUCGAAGCCUUAUUCACAUAUUAACGACUUUGAUCUAAAUACAACAAUACAUACAAAACUUGGUGUCAAAAAUUUACCCUGAGUGAAUCAGUCAUUCUGCAUUUCGUCAAGUACUUUUAUCGGCUUUGCGAUACAACAAGAGGAGAAAAACGAAUAUUAAAAUUUCAUGCCGAACAUAAACUUGUUCAAGUAGGAAAAUAUAUUUUCUUGCAACUUUGCAAUCCGUUACGCAAACUGUGAUACGUACCCUGUACAAACUUCCGGUGGUGUAGUUUCGACUACUUUUUUUUACUCGUGUAACUAAAAGUAAGCACGCAAGUUGACAAAACUUUCUCCGAGUUGGCUUCAUUCCAGGAGAAACCCGUCCCGGGAAAGAAUUUUUGGUGUUUUCAUCUGGUGAAAGUUGGACCCGUUGGAAGAAAACAAUGUGAUUUUUACUUGUAGAACAGAACACGGCAUUCCAUUUUUGCUACAAAUUUAAGUUGAGACGAGGUGAAUUCUUUCAUAAGCAAUACACACUGCUCAAGGUUGUAAUUAAACUCAGAAGUGUCUCAAAAUAGUGACGCACAUCCUUCACAAAAGAUAUAUCAGCGUACGUAGUAAAACGCGCAUUGUGAACUUUUACACAAUUUCUUUAAUGAGUACCAGUCUUGGAGAAUAAGUGGUCAAAACGGGCAGCAAUAAGAGAUUGGACGUCAUGCCGUCACCAAUGGCGAGGUCUCCGGGUGAUAAUGAAGUGCCUGAAAUACGGGUGAAAACUGCGUAUAAUGGAGAAGUGCUCAUUACAUAUAUACAACCGAGCAUCAGCUUGGACCAAUUUUGCGAAGAGAUUCGCGACAUGUGCAAAUUCACACGGGAACAAGCUUUCACCAUGAAAUGGGUGGACGAGGAAGGUGAUCCUUGCACAAUUACGACUCAGAUGGAAUUAGAUGAAGCCAUUCGGCUUUAUGAGAUCAACAAGGAUACCGAAAUCGUCAUUCAUGUAUUCCCAAAUGUGCCUACCGUACCUGGGAUGCCUUGCCAAGGAGAAGACCGGAGCAUCUAUCGCAGAGGUGCGCGAAGGUGGAGAAAGUUAUACCGAGUAAAUGGACACAUUUUCCAAGCAAAGCGGUUUAAUCGGAGAGCGGCCUGUGCAUAUUGCCAAGACCGUAUUUGGGGUUUAGGUCGACAAGGGUUUAAGUGUACCCAAUGUAAGUUGCUGGUGCAUAAAAAGUGUCACAAAUUGGUCCGUCUCCCUUGUUCCAAUGACGCAUCGGCCACCCUGAACUCUACUUCAUCCACUACUUCAUCAUUCCAAGGAAAUUCACGGGAAUCCUCCAUGUACAUUGAGCAAGAAGGUCACCACCACCAUCAUCAUGGCCGACACAAUGGCGACAGUUCGGGUGGAUCCAUGGAUAAGCUGCAUGUUAAAGGGUCUCCCGACUCGGAUACGCCUGGAGGCAUCCCACGCUCCUUGUCCGACACUUUUCCCUUGCAAGACAAUGAGAAAAUCGACGAAGACUUGGAGCCUGGGCGCCAGAGGCAGUACUGCUUAAAAGACUUUGACCUUAUUCGCGUCAUUGGGAGGGGAAGUUAUGCCAAAGUGUUGAUGGUCGAGUUGAAAAACACGAGUAGAGUUUAUGCCAUGAAAGUAAUUAAGAAAGCGUUAGUGACAGAUGAUGAGGAUAUUGAUUGGGUUCAAACGGAAAAACACGUUUUUGAAACAGCUUCAAAUCAUCCAUUCCUUGUCGGGUUGCAUUCCUGCUUUCAGACACCGAGUCGGUUAUUUUUCGUGAUUGAAUUUGUCCGAGGUGGGGACUUAAUGUUUCACAUGCAAAGACAAAGACGACUUCCGGAAGAACAUGCGAGAUUCUAUGCUGCAGAGAUUAGCGUUGCUCUUAAUUUUUUGCAUUGUAAAGGCAUAAUUUACCGAGAUUUGAAAUUGGACAACGUGCUAUUAGAUCAUGAAGGCCACAUAAAGUUAACAGAUUAUGGAAUGUGCAAAGAACAAGUUCGGCCUGGUGACACAACCUCAACAUUUUGUGGAACUCCGAAUUAUAUUGCUCCAGAAAUUUUGCGUGGGGAAGAAUAUUCAUUUUCCGUUGAUUGGUGGGCUUUGGGAGUUUUGUUGUACGAAAUGUUGGCUGGUAGGAGUCCUUUCGAUAUUUACGGAGCUUCUGAAAAUCCAGAUCUUAAUUCCGAAGAUUACUUAUUUCAAGUUAUUCUUGAAAAAACAAUUCGUAUUCCAAGAUCCUUGUCUGUCAAGGCUGCAUCAGUACUGAAAGGAUUCUUAAACAAGAACCCAGUAGAUCGUUUAGGAUGUCACGCAGAAACGGGAUAUUUCGAUAUUUUGCAUCAUCCUUUUUUCAAAACUAUAGAAUGGGACUUGCUUGAGAAGAAACAAAUUCCACCCCCGUUUAAACCCAAGCUUGAAGGCGAUCGUGAUUUAGACCACUUUGACCCACAAUUUACAUCUGAACCGGUGCAACUCACUCCUGACGAUCAGAAAGUUAUAGAGAAAAUAGACCAAUCGGAAUUUGAAGGUUUUGAAUACGUUAAUCCACUUUUAAUGUCUUUAGAAGAUUGCGUCUAGAAGAACUAAUCAAUCAAUAAUAAAAACCCACCUUCAAUAAUGCGAACUUUUUAGGAAACGACAAUUACGACCUGUUAGGCCGGCAGCAUGGCACUUGUCAUUCAAUAAUUCGUAGUAUUACACUUACUUUCCUUUGGCGAAAGCUAAUCACGUAAAAAAACGGAGCAUAAUGAAAAGUUACUUAUUUAGUUUAGCUGAUAGUCGUACCGAUUUGCUGGACGAAUUCAUUCAUCACCAAUUAGUACCUACCUACACACAUACGAUAUAGUUUAGAAGAACAUAUUUACGUGCUUUAUUUUAUAAUUUGUAUGAUUUUUCAUAGAAUUAGGUAAUUCCUUGAGCUUCUACAGCUCAUAUUUAACAUGCAACUGUGCAAUCUGCUCUCAAUUUGAAAGGAAGGAUACUGGAUCAGGAAGGGUUGUGCCAAUAACAAUCAAAUCGAAUCUAACAAUACAUAAUAUGCGUCACAAUCAUAAUAAACAUAAUUUAGAAAUAUUAUAUUUAGUAAAAAAUAAUUUUUGUCCAAAGUCCUUUAUUGCUGAAUGAUGUAAAAACUAUUUAACUCGAGUGAAUUGCAGAUUCCUUAGCUAUUUAACACAUUAUUUUGUUUUGUGUACUAAUAACAAAUUCUCAACGUAUGUUAUCCUUUGUUACGUUUAUUAAAUUAAAGCAAUUAAUUACUGCAAGGUUUAUUACAACUACAACACAUACAUUUAGUCCCUGUCGUCGUUAAUACGAAUGUAUUACCACGAUUCCUAAUUAUACUUGUUUUAUGGUGAUUGUUAAAAAUUAUUGAAUUUUAUUAUAAAUAGUUAAUCAUCUCAUCUCUUCUGUAAAGAAGGAGAAAGUACUAAUGCAAAUCCUGGCCUGAUCGGUCUAAUUAAGAAAUGAAUGAAAUAAUAAAUCAGUAAUUAUGAGCAAAGAG